UCCUCUAUUUAUUUUGAAGAAAAAUAAGAGAGAAGGAUGAACAAGCCGACUUUUAGGAUCGAUUCGUAUCGUAGUCACCGUUCAUCCGCAGCGUAAGUCUCCUUGGUCGGCUUCGUUGAUGGUGGGGUUUUGAUGAUUUGGGGGAGACUUGUGUAGAGUUGGAAUGGAAGACCCCAAAACCCCAGAAACCCUAAAAGCCCAAAGCCCUUCCAAUGAAAUCAGCGAGGAGAUUUCUGGGUUUUCUGGGUUGGUCGAUUUGAGUGGAGGCUUGACGGUGGAGAUUCCGCUGGCUGAAAAUGGCGGAGCGGUUAGUGUUUGCAGUAACGAUGGUGAGAUUAGCAAUGUCGUCGAAUUGAGGAACGAAGAGGUUGAAGAUGGGAAGGGAAUAGAGGGCACUGAGAGAAGAACAAUUUUGGAUGGUGGUGCCGGUGCCGGUGCCGGUGCAGUAGCUGAUGCUGAAGACGACGGUGGUUAUGGUGGUGGGGCUGCGGCUGCGGCUGAGGAUGACCAGAAUAAAGGCAACGCGGUGGAAUUGAAUGGUGUUUCUACAGCUAAGGAUAUGGAAGUUUCUGGAGAUGGCAUAUCACUUACAGUGGACUUCUCGAAUAUCCAGCCAGAAGAACCUGAACUUUCCAAGUCCAUGGGGGCAGAAGAGAUGUCGAAAGAAGCUGAAGAAGAAGCGCGGAUUAUUGAAAAUGGUGGAGGAUACAGUUUUUCAGUUGGUGAUGUGAUAUGGGUCAAGACCAAAAGUCAGACAUGGUGGCCUGGAAAGAUAUAUGAACCCUCAGAUGCUUUGAAAAGUGAUGAAAGUGGCCAGAGUGAUGGUCUAUUAGUUGGCUAUUUUGGGAGCAGCCAUAUGACAUGGUGUUCUCCAUCUCAGUUGAUGCCGUUUGUUGAAAACUUUGAGCAGAUGUCUGCGAAAUACAAGUCUCGAAGCUUCCUUGGAGCUGUAGAGAAAGCUGUGGAUGAGUUUGGCAGGUGCGUGAAGAUGGAGAUGACAUGUUCGUGUAUUUCGGAAGGAAACCACCCAUUAGAAGGUGAUGCUGGAUCGAAGGAAGUAACUUCCCUGCCUAGGCGCAAGUCGGGUUUCCUUGCUAAGUAUUCUGUUGAUCAGUAUGAACCCGAAACAUUCCUAGCACGUGUUAACAGUCUUGCACAGAUUGUUUGCCUAUGUGGAGCACUAGAGUUGAGUAUCCUAUACAAUCAAUUAGCAGCUUUUCAAAGCUCAAUUGGGCACCAGCAAUUGCCUUUGCAUCAACUCUUGGAAACUCAUGAUCCUGAAGACGAUUUGGUGGGCGAAUCAGUGAGAAAAAGCAAAGUUCGUGUUACAGCAGGAGAUGAUGAAGAGGAGGUAGAAGGCGGCACGCAGAGCUCACCAUUAGAGACACUAUCCGUAGGAUCAGAUGUUGUACGCGAAAAUAUGGAAGGGAAGAAUGGAGAUCCAGGUAAGGUACUAGAUGGAAGCAUGGAAGUUGGAAAAAGGAGCUCCAGAAGAAAGGCAAUUGUUAAUGGAGGAAUAAAAUCAAGAUCUGCGAAGAGAAAAGGAAGUGACAAAUUUGAAGAUCUUGAAUCUAGUAAAUUGGAUUCUUCAAUCAAGGGGGAGGUGAUGAGUCCAACAACAGAUGAAAGCAAGGAUUCUGUUGUAGGUAACUUUGAUGAUGGGAGCAAAGGGAUGUCUGAAAAGAGAUCUGAGACGCGAGAGCGGAAGAAGAGCAAGUAUUUGUCUUUUCCAUACAUAAACUGGGGGCAGAAAGGUAUGCCAGCUGAAACAGAAGAUAUCAAGGCUCUUAAAAUUUCUGGCGAAGGUGAGGAUGAAAAUGCAGUCGAGGGCCAGAAUGAAACCCCUUUGCUAUCUAAAUGCAGUGGCAAGUUCUGGAAGAGGUGGUACCGGAAUAUUACCAGUGGGAGUGAUGUUGCUGAUAAUCAAGAGUUGAUGAGUGUAUCACCAGCUGAGUUUCUCUCUGAGCUUCAUUUUACUGCUGUGAAUUGCCUUUAUCCAAACGAAAAUAACAACUUCAAUGCGGUUGCUCAGUUCUUUUCCAGAUUUAGAAUUUUGAUGUUUCAUGAUGAAUCUGUCAAUGCUGGUCAAAAUGAUGCGAUGGCGGCUGAUUUAUUUUUUCUUGGGGGAAAGGUGUCCGAGGUUAAGAAUCCUUCUUCUGCUGCUAAAUCUGGGUUAAAAAAAAGAAGUCAGACAAGUUCCAUAACGAAGAAGGAAGAGAUGAAAUCAUCCAAACCAAUCCCUGAUGAUGCAGAUUUGACUGAAAAAGCUGAAACAUGCCCUGCAGGAGAUGCACAGAAUAAAAGUCCGAUGACUUCCAAUGCUAGGCCAAGAAAAGAUAGAGAAACCUUGGGGGGGAGAUUGAAGACCAAAUCCCUUUCUGCCUUAUCAGACGUGAACAUUAACGCUUCUUCCAGUAGCUUACUCACAAAAGAUUCACCAGAGAUUGGACCUCGCUCACCCAAUGGUUUAACAAAGCGGAGGAAGAGAAAGAACGAUGGAUCGCACCCUCAGAAUAAACAAUCAACGGAAAUACCAGAUUUAAAUGGAAGUGGUUCUGUAGCUGGGUUGUUGGUGGAAGAUCAGCAGGCUGUGAGCCAUGUUGCUUCCCAACAGAAAUCUGAGCCAAAGAAGAGAAGGAAACUUGGAGCUGCUAAGGAGCAUUCAAAGGCAUCUACUGAAGUAAAAAAUGUGAAUAAUAGCAAUAAGCCUGGUUCGUUCUUCAUUGAUCUACAGGUCACAGCUCCACAACCACUUGGAGUAAUUCCAGAGAAAAAUCAAGUGAAUUUUGCUGGAGUGCCCAACCAGCCAGUGAAAGACCAGACAAUAGGCCAGGAUCAGAGCAAGGGUGGGGGCAAARAGAGGAAGAGGAAGGAGAAACCACCGUUGGGGGAUCCAAAGAUCAACUUAUCUUCUGAUAUACCAGAUUUAAACGGAAUGGGUAUUGAAUCUAGCCAGGGGAAGGAAUCACAGUUGGCUAACAGCCUUCCGCAGCAGGCUAAACCCAAGAGGAGAAGGAGGAGAAAAGGCGAAGCUAGUUUGGACCACCAAAAACCUUCUGACAGCAGACCAUAUAUUUAUAAUAGAGUUGAAACUGAUGGAGAAGGAUUAGGAUCUCUUCUUCUCUUGACUUUCUCUGCAGGGGUUCCCUUACCUUCCCGGGAGCAGUUUAUUACUACGUUUAGCCAGUUUGGAUCAUUGAAGGAAUCAGAGAUACAGUUGAAGGAUUCAACUGCCGAGAUAGUUUUCCUACGAAGCGCUGACGCUAUGGAAGCAGUUCGGAGUUUAAAGAAGAACAAUGUUUUUGGCCCAACUCUUCUAAAAUACCAGCUUUAUCAUCUCUCAGCUCCCCCCAGGACGUCGGACUCGGACCGGGCUUGCACAGCGCUAGCCUAUCCUGCUUCUGAGGGCACUCUGAAUCCAUCAAAGUCUGCUGAAUUAGGGUCUCAAGUGGGUGAGGCACCGCCCAUAGACUUUAUAAGGAAGAAUCUUCAGAUGAUGACAUCAAUGCUGGAGAAGUCGGGAGAUAAUCUCUCCCCAGACAUGAGAGCCAAAUUGGAGAGCGACAUUGAAGGCCUUCUCAAGAAGGUGAGUUCCAUGGCGGGUUCUUCCUCAACAUAGAAAGGAAGUCGGAACCAUUGUGGAUUAUCUUUGACCAGGUUCUAUCAAGCCCUCCUCGUUAGUCUUGUUGAUGUAUCGUAGGUGUAGUUUAUAUAUUCGACGACUCGAAUAUUAACCUGUGCGAUUCGUGGAGCUUUUCGUUUUUAUUAGUGCUUUUAGUUUCCCUCCCUUUUUCUUCUUUGGUUACAGAAUCGUAUAAGCAAUGUGGAGCCUUUGUUGUAUUUCAUGAGAUGAAUUUGGCGGCGACCACCUUUAUUUAGUCUCAUACUUUUGACGAUCUUGUUCCUUGUGUUGGCAAGGGAUUUAGCCAUAAAUUUAACUUGUGAUUCUGCGCUUCUUUCGCA